CAGUCAUGUCAGAAGAGGAUAAUUUCGUAGUAGUGACUCGUCGUGGAAGACGUAAUGGAAGAAGGAUCAAUUUAAAUGGAAACUCUUUAGCGAGCGUAAUUAUAGAACAAGACUACGAGAUCAAUCACGAUCGUCUUCUUCGCACGUUAGACAAGGCGGUAGGCGGAAUCAGGGACACGUCGUUUAUCAAGUUCAUUUUUAGCCGUCUGUCGGAGUCUCUAGCCACUCUAGGCUCCAACGGUAUCUCUGAGAUAGUCUGCUACGGGUUAGGACGGUUCUCGCAGAAUAGAUCAUCGAGAUGCCAAUUGGCGUUUCUACUGUGUCUGAAGGCGCAAUACGAGUCGAUUCGCAUACACGUAUACGAUCCGGCGUUUUACCCUGAGGAAGUGCAAACUCUGCGUACUUUGGGAUUAGAGGUUAUAGAGACAAACGAGGAAGGCAAGCGUGUCGUACAGCGAGAUAGGACCACCCUCGUGUUCAUGCCGCAUUGCUCGCGACAUCUGACCAAUAAUUUCCUCUAUGCGAAUUGGGGCGAUGGACUGAGCAGUUGCAUCCUGCUGGCCAACAGUCUCUCGAAAACUGUUAACAAUUGCUUGCAUAAGGACCUAUUGAAUACAGCUGGUUACAUAUUACGCAUUCAUCCUUAUGUUACAGAGAUUCAGUUGGAAAAUUCCUUCAUGUACAGGGAAGUUUUCCACAACCUUAAUAUUCAUAUCUUUACAAGACAAAACCUGCUUAAGGUCCCAGCAGAUUUCUGGAGCUCUAAAGAAGAACCACAAUAUUUAACAAAAGACGUUGAAUUCGUUACAGCCGUGCAGUGACAAAUGACAUUUGAUACACUAAUACAGCAACAAUGAAUAAUAAUAUUAAAAUUAUCCGUUCUCUCUUACAAGAGGUACGUAAAGUUUCACAGACUAAA